AUGACGACGGAAGCCGCAUUGGGUUUCCGGCAGAAGGCCCUGUUCCAGAUGAUUAUUCAGACGUUUGAGGAGGAUGCGAGCGAAGAUCUUCCCGGCGAUGUUCAGCAAGGAGAUUCCACGGUGAUUGUCACAGACUUGACGGUCCCCUUUUCGCUUGUAGAUAUGUACGAUGGUUGCGCCUUUGAAGUCUUGCGGGACUUCACCUUGACGUCUCAUCUCCUGGAAGAGCGCAGUCGGGUGAUCCAUGAGUUGGGGACCUCCGUGCUUGUAGACCUCAGCAGGGAUUGCGUCCGAUCCGGGUGCUUUACCGCUGGAAAGCUGCCGCACGGCCCUGAUGGUUUCCUGGAGAGAUGGCGGAAGGUCGAGGUCCGCGUUGGUCUCCACUUGCGGCAAGCGGGUGAUGAUGGUGUCGGAGAUGGUGGAGGGGCGCUUGAGGACGCCUCGGAUAUGCUCGGCCUAUCGCUGUAGAAUUUGUGUCUUCUCAGUCAGGAGGGUACCGCCGUCGGCGCUGAGGAGAGGAGCAGUGCCAUUCGUCGGUGGACGGUAGGUUGCUUUGAUCGCGGAGAAGGAGUUCUUCCACUCGUUGCGGUCCGCUUAGCAUUGGAUCUCCUGAGCUUUGCGGGCAGUCCAGGUGUCCUGCAUCUCGCGCAGUCGUUGUUGAAGGUGGCGGCGACUACGGAAGAAAGCAGCUCUGUUGUCGUCAGUGGGGUGAUCUACGUAGGCUUUGUGGAGUCUGUUCUUCUCGGCGAGCAGUUUGCUGAUGGCGGCGUCGUACUCGUCGAAACAGUCCUAGUGUUGGCGGCGGGCGCGGCCGAGGACGGCUAG